AUGCCUUGCUGUGGACCAGGAUAUCUCAAUCCGAGUGAAGCCACUGUUCGAGCUCCAAAAGAAACUGUUCUUUUCGUAACAAGUCCUCAUGCCGACGGAGGAAAUGAUAUGUUAGUGGCUGUCAACGUGGACUCAACCUCCAAUGAUUUUUGCAAGAUCGUUUCCAAAAUUGUUUUCCCGAAUAAGGGAGAUGAGGUUCACCACACUGGUUGGAAUGCAUGUUCUUCUUGCUACGAUAAGCCAGACAAGAAAAGGUCUCAUCUCAUAAUUCCAUGUCUAAACUCCAGCAGAAUCUAUGUUGUGAACGUGGAAAAUGAGAAGAACUUGAUUUUGGAAAAGACCAUUGAACCAUCUUUGUUGAAAGGACUGAAUGUUAGCUUCCCCCAUACUUCGCACUGUUUAGCGAAUGGGCAAAUUAUGAUAAGUACCCUCGGAGAUGCUGAUGAUAAUCAGAGUGGUAACUUCCUUCUUCUGAACGGCCAAACAUUCGACCCUGUGGGUACUUGGACUCCGAAUCCCGUCGCCUUCAACUACGACUUCUGGUACCAACCUAGACAUGACGUCAUGAUUUCGACUGAGUGGGGUGCUCCGCACAAAAUCAAGAAAUGCUUCAAUCCAGCAGAUGUCGCCGAAGGAUUCUACGGACAUUCUAUUCAUGUUUUCCAAUGGUCUACACAUGAAAAGCUUCAAACAAUCGAGCUGCCUAUGCCUAAUGGGGCUUUACCCCUGGAAGUGAGAUUUAAACAUGAACCUUCGAGCCCGCAUGCUUUUGUUGGAACAGCUUUAGGCUCUGCUGUUUAUCAUCUCGAACCAGAAGUUGUAGGCUCCAAGAAAUACAAAGCUGUGGAAGUCAUCAAAAUUCCAGAUAAAGAGGUGACUGGAUGGGCAUUACUUUCCAUGCCUGGUCUGAUCACCGACAUUCUAAUUUCAAUGGAUGAUCAGUUUCUGUUUAUAUCCUGUUGGCUUCAUGGAGAUAUAAGACAAUAUGAUAUAAGAGAUCCAUCCAAACCAGUUCUGGUAUCUUCCGUCUUUAUUGGCGGAAGUAUUCAUAAAGAGAGUGGAGUCGUCGUUACCAAGGAUUCAGAACUUCAGGCACAACCUGAUGCUCUUUAUGUGAAAAAUAAAAAAGUUGAGGGAGGACCUCAAAUGCUUCAAUUAAGUUUGGAUGGAAAACGACUCUAUGUCACUACAUCUCUCUACUCCAUCUGGGAUAAGCAGUUUUACCCAAAAUUGAGCAAGACUGGUGCUAUGCUACUUCAAAUUGACGUGACCGAUGACGGAAUGAAACUAAAUCCGAAUUUCUUGGUCGAUUUUUCAACUCUCGAGGGUGGUCCUUACUUGGCUCAUGAGAUGAGAUAUCCAGGUGGAGACUGUACAUCGGAUAUUUGGGUUUAA